UUAGUUCUAAUUGAUCAACCCAUCCAAUCAGUCGGUAUUGAUAUUCUCGAGAAUUGCAUCUCAACGGAAGAAACUACUGAGAUCCUAUAAAAAAAAUUAACAACAAAAUAAAUAACCGUGAAGCCAUUAUUCAAUUAUUUAAUUGUGUUGAUCAAAGGUGAAAAAUUGAAAAAAAUUUGUUGGACUUUGGAAUUUGUAGAGAAGGAGGGGAAAGAGAAAAAUGUCCAAAUUAUUGUCGCUAAGUUGCACCCUUGUCCUCAGCCACUUUUUACUUCGAGUCACCGGCCAACAACAGGCCAUCGAUGAGCUAUUGAGAAUCUCCGGCAUACGCCGCGAACCCUUUACGCCAGUCAAAACGCCCGGCAGUCAUUUGCCGAUCUAUACAAAUUUCGAGAAUUUUCGUGACAUUUACAGCGUUUUCCGAGGGAGUCUGGUAAAUCGCAAUGAAAAGGCCAAUUUGGAAAUGAAUCGUCAGAGAGGUAAAGUGCAGAAGCAAAUUCCAAAAUCACAACCGUUUCCCUGUUCUCUAAAUGGAACCCGCUCGCCGGAGGUACCCGAUUCGGUGCAUCGUUUACGCCCUGGUGAUAUAGACAUCAUUGCGGCCAUGGGUGAUUCUUUGACGGCAGGGACGGCCAUCAUGUCGCAAAGCCUCAUCGAUGUUGUGGCCGAAUAUCGUGGAGUGGUCUCGACGGGAGGAGGUUUGAGAGAUUGGCGUACCUAUUUGACUUUGCCAAAUAUUUUCAAGGUCUUCAAUCCCAAACUCUAUGGCUAUGCCAUUGGUAAUGUGGUGUCUCGUGACAGGGCCUCGCGCUUUAAUGUGGGCGAGGGUAGUGCCCUGACACUGGAUAUGCCUUAUCAGGCCAGGGUUUUGAUAAGACGCCUGGAAAGAGAUCCCCAGGUGGAUAUGGCCAGGCAUUGGAAGGUCAUAACCCUGUUCAUUGGAGGCAAUGAUGUUUGCUUUGACAUGUGCUACUAUAAGCAGUUGGAGGAGUUCUUGGAUCUGCAUAGGCGUAGCCUCUACAAGACAUUGGAGAUUUUGAAGGCCAAUAUUCCACGAUUACUUGUCAAUCUAAUGUCCACCCCCAACAUACCGGAUAUUGUGGCCGAAAUCAAUGACCUACCCCGAGUUUGUGAGGCAACCCACAUUUUUGCCUGUCACUGUGUAGCACGAAGGAAGAAUAAUCCCCGACAGCUGCAGCAGGUGGCCAAGGCUGUGCGAAGGAUACAAGAAAUCGAUGAGGAGGUUGCCAAUUUACCGGAAUUUCAAACCGACGAUUUUGCUGUGGUCUAUCAGCCGCUGAUGAAACACUGGUUUGCCCCGAAGCAUGCGAAUGGAAAAACGAAUUAUGGAUAUUUUGGUCCAGAUUGUUUCCAUUUCAGCCAACUGGGCCAAGCUGCGGUGGCCAAUAUGCUGUGGAAUAAUAUGCUACAGCCAGUGGGAGAAAAGGAUGACACCUUCCAUCCCAAGGCCUUUGAGGUAUUUGAAUGUCCCACGGAAGAAAGGCCGUAUUUGGCAACGAGAGGGAAUAGUGGGAAGAGUAUAUGAGGCGAUGGGGUACUAAGUAAGGUUAUAAUUAAUUUUAGAUAUAUAUGCAGAUCCUAAGCUAGUCAACUUUUCUUAUUAUUUCUAAAAACUCAAUAAAAUUAUAUUUUUAAAAUCA